AUGCCUCCAAAAACGUCAAUAUCAUCAGCGUUGAGCUGGCGAUGUCCUCAAUGCACCGUCAGAACUUUCGCCUCGUCUUCGAAGCUCCUCGCCGUCGGCCCAGAACACCCCCGAUACGUCAAAGUCCCUGAACCACCCCAGCAGACAGUGCCCCAUAACCCUCCCGUCAAAGGAACGCUACCGAUACCUCGCAAUGUCUUCGCAGGUAACAGCAAAGGCCGAAGCGACGAUGAAAUUAUUGCGCUGUCAACGCCCUCCCCGAAAAACCCGAAGAAUCCUCCAAAAGGCAGCAGGGAGGAAUGGAAAGCCAAGAUGAGCGAGAUCAGGAAGCAGAAUCUGCGCGAGGGUGUCAAGAGCCUUCGAGCAAGGCAGAUCUCUGAUGAAAGGCAUCAAAAUGUGCGGCAAGCGGCCAAGCAGCGCGAGAGACAAGAGCUGCUACAGCGACCUGAUCGUGAGGAUGAGCGGUUGACCGCACCGAGCAACAAUAUGGACCUCGACGCCCUGUACAACAAGCCUAUACCAGAUCCCACACGAGAAGAUCGCAUUCGGACGAAACAGCUUAACCUUCAACGACAUGAGGACAUGAAACGCCAGGAACGCAUGGAAGCCGUCCACUCGCUGUACAUGAACGCCCGCGAAUUUAUCGUAACGCCGCAGCAGCUUGACAAGGCAGUGGACGCGGCAUUUGGAACGCCUGAGAUGCCUGUACAAUUUGGCAAGUUCUCGACUGGCGUAUCCAACCGCUCUAUCUGGGCAGAGGGCAGGCCUGAGCGUGUGCAAGACAAGCUCAACGUGGCCAACGGCCAGGCCACGGGAUUCGCAAUGAGGAGCGCCAAGUCGUCGAGCGAGAUCAACAAGGAACGUAUCAGGAGGAUUGCAGAGACGUUUACGGGUGGAAAGAUUGAGAAGUCAGUGGAGUGA